UCCCUAUGAUAAUCGUCAGGUGGAGUUACCACUUACAAAUUUUGAUGCAUUUUUCUCAUUGCUUAAGUGCGUUAUUGGUACUGGCAUUUUGGCCAUGCCUUUAGCCUUCAUGUACUCUGGGAUUAUUGGUGGAGUUAUAAUGACAGUUUUUUGUAUCGGCGUACUAAUAUACGGAAUUCAAUUACUGAUCAUGUGCAUGGUUGAGUCAAGUCGACGCAAUAAUGUCGGUUAUAUGACAUAUCACGAAACUAUGGUAUAUGCCUUUUCCGAGGGACCAAAGUGUUGUCGUUGGUUCUCCAAGGGAUCUGGCUAUAUGGUGGAUCUAAUACUCGGCUUCUCACACUACGGCGUUUGUGUUGUCUAUCUCGUCUUCGUCUCAGUGAAUAUGAAGCAAUUCGUAGAUGAGCAUUUUAGCAAAAUCGAUUUAAGGAUUAUGAUUGCCAUCAUUGGUAUUUUUUGUAUACCCUUGUUUCUAUUACGUCAGCUCAAGUAUCUGGUGCCCGGCAAUAUACUUGCAUCAGUUCUGAUUCUUGCCGGACUCUUGGCCAUCUUUUGGUACUUUUUUCGUGGCUUGCCAUCGAUUACGGAGAGAGCCGUGUUGGUAAAGCCCGCUGAGUUGUACCAGAUACCCUUUGCUCUGGGUAUUGUACUAUUUGCCACAUCAUCUGUGGGUGUGAUGCUGGCUAUUGAGUCGAAAAUGGGAAAACCUGGCGACUAUAUUGGCUGGUUUGGUGUACUGAAUAUAGCGUCUAUAUUUAUAAUUGUUCUUAAUGUUAUUUUCGGACUGGUUGGCUUCUGGCGAUAUGGAUGUAAUACUGAAGCGAGUGUUACCCUCAAUAUACCCGUUGAGGAAGCCCUUGCUCAGAUUAUUAAGUUAAGCAUCGCCAUUGCUAUCUUUUUGUCGUAUCCUUUAAGCGGUUAUGUUACCAUCAGUAUCAUUAUGAUUUACGUAUUGAAGCGCGAAGUGAAGAACCCUCAUAUGAUUGAGUACAUUAUUCGAGUUGCUUUUGUUAUUUUGAGCACUCUGAAUGCCAUCGCAUUGCCCAACUUGGGUCCGUUAUUGGCAUUGGUGGGAACAUUCUCCAUAUCAUUGCUAAAUCUAGUAUUUCCGUGCUGCAUUGAACUCUGUCUUAUAUACCAAGAUUCCUAUGGCAAAUUGUUGUGGAAACUCUGGAAGAAUAUCUUAAUGAUUCUCUUCGGAUUGCUCAUUUUCUUCUAUGGCAGUUACAGAGCCUUUGUUGAUAUAAUCGAAGAAUAUGGUGAGAGUAAAGGUGAUACUACAACCGAAAAGCCAACAACAACUACUGUGAGUCUUACGACCAAACUAGAAGCGUAUUUGUGAAGAGAAAAGAAGAAGAGAAUAGAUAUGAUUAUGCAUCGAUUAUUUAAUAGUACGAGUAUGGUAAGGGAAUUUAUGUAAUUACAAAGGAAGAGCCAACAUAAAAAUCAAAAGCGUAUUUCUAAUAAAUCAAACUCCAAAUCAAAGGUGUACUAAGAAA